AUGGAUGAGAGCUGCAGUGACGAUGAAUGCGUGCAAUAUCGGCCUUUGUGCCAAGCUAUAGUGAAAGAGGAUUUGGUUGCUGUUGAAAGCUUCCUUCACCAUCAUCCAGAGACAAUAAACAGAAGGAUAGCAUUUUCCGACGGCAGGCCAGCCCUUCAUCUUGCAACUAUAACGGGGAACAUAGAGCUUGUGGAGAAGAUAGUGGAGUUGAUGUCAGAAGAAGACUUGGAAAUGGUCGAUGAUGGUAAGGAGACUGCUCUAUUUUUGGCUGCUGGUAUUGGAGCCACUAGGAUUGUGGAGUUGUUGAUUAAGAAGAACAAAAAGUUGGUUACAAUUGCAGCAGAUGCAUAUUUGCCUAUCGCCAAUGCAUGUCACAAUGGCCAUAGGGAUACCACUUGGUUUCUAUACUCUAAUACUCCUUUCGAAUUGCUACUUCCAGAGAAUGGAACUUUCGGAGCUUGGCUUCUCUGCGUCUCUCUUUUCACCAAGAUGUUUGACGUUUCAUUGGCGUUGCUCCGUCGUUGUCCACGUUUAGCUUUUACUAAAACCAAUAUUGGAACUAUCCCUAUAGUUGAAUUCUCUUGCAUGAGUGAUUUAUUCCUCGGCAGCGGUGAAUUGCCUGUUUGGGAACGGUGGAUCUAUCAUGGAUUGAAGCAAAUUUAUGAUAUGAAGUUGACCCGCUCCUAUGCUCUGGAACUUUUACAAAGUAUAUCUAAAGAAAUUUCUGCUAGACCUGAUUUGGAGAUCGCCAAAAAAGGAGUAGAUUUGGCUUUCUUUAAUGCCAUUGAGCAUGGAAUAAUUGAAAUAGUUAUUGAGAUAAUCAAAGCCAAUCCUUCCUUUUUGGCAUGUCGAUAUGAUUUCCAAAAGAGCACCAUUCAUGCUGCCAUACGUUUUCGACAAGAAAAGGAAGUGGAAAGCAUUGUAUACCCUGCACUCAAACAAUACGUCAACGAUCAUGGUGAAACACCAAGCCAAUUGUUUACUAAUAGCCAUAAGCAGUUGAUGGAAGAAGCAGAGAAAUGGAUAAAGGGAAUUGCAAAAUCCUGUUCUGUUGUAGGUGCUCUUAUCAUUACAAUUAUGUUUACAGCUGCAUUUACUGUCCCUGGAGGUAAUAUUCAAGAUAGCGGCUAUCCAAUAUUUUUACAUAAAAAGGCAUUCAAGGUUUUCGUAACAGCUGAUGCAAUUUCCUUAUUUGCGGCCUCUACUUCUGUAUUAAUGUUUUUAGGAGUCUUAACCUCACGUUAUGCAGAAGGGGAUUUCCUCAAGUCAUUGCCUAAAAAGUUAAUCAUUGGUCUUUCCACCCUUUUCUUCUCUAUUGCAGCCAUGAUGAUAGCCUUUUGUGCUACUCUUAUAAUAAUGCUUGAUGGAGAUCUAAAGCUUGUCAUUCCUACUAUUUUGUUGGCUAGUGUUCCAGUUACAGUUUUCAUAUUUUUGCAAUUUCCUCUCCUUGUUGAGAUUUUCGUAUCCACGUAUAGACCAGGCAUGUUUGAUAGAAAAAUAAAGAAUCUGUUCCAAAAAGAUCCUAUCUCUGCAUAGGAAAUUCUAGAGAUCCCUUAAAUUGUAUCAGUUAAAAAAAGCAACAUUAUCACUCUUCAUUGAGUUCUCUCUCUCUCUCUCUGAUCACUCUAAUACUCGGAAAGUGAGAACGUCCUACCCACAUGAUUGUGAGUAAGUGCUUGGAAAUUG